CUGUCUCCUCCUCUUCCCCGUCUCCUCCUCCUUCUCCAUCCGGCAAAUAUUUAGCGCCAAACAUCACCGUCGUUGCAAUUCUUCGGCUGCUAUUUAUUUAUUCACUUCGCUUUGUGCAUUCUGCUUCUACUUUGACCAGAGAAGAAACCCGGGGGGGAUCGUUGAUUCCAUAAUCACGCCAUGGAGAAUUUCUAAGGACAUGAUGGACGGUGCAAAGACCAGCAAUGCAGAUUAUCUUUAUGGUGAUCAAUGGAACGUGGGCCGUUUUGAUUCACCAGUGAAGGCAGACAGUGAAAGCUCUUUUGACAUCUAUGAUGGCCUGGACACAGACUAUCAAGGUGAUAUUGCAGGAAAGAGUAAACCUGCUAAGGAUUGCUUUGAUUUGUAUGAGGAAAUUCUUACGGAAGAAGGAACAGCAAAAGAUAUCUCUCUGAAAGAGUUUCAGGAAAAGUCCGUAGAAAGAGAGAAACAAGUUGAGGAGUUGGUGCGAAAGCUGCAAGAAGUGGAAACCAAGAAUUCCUCUCUGUCGAAUGAAAAUAUCCAGCUGAAAAAGAACAUAUCAGCCCUCAUAAAAACUGCUCGUCAGGAAAUUAUCCGCAAGGACGAAGAAAUUAAUAGGCUGAACAAAAGGCAAUCGGUGAAUUGGAUUGGAAACUCGCAUCUCCGACGUUACCAGAAUCAUUCCACAGUGUCGUUAAAUGUUCCGAUAGCAACACAGAACGAUGGCAUCUAUUCCAGACAGAGUCUUCCUUGUCCUUCCUGGUCUGCAAAUUUUGAGCAGUGCAUGCCUAGACCUCACCUAAAUGAAGAGAGAAACUGUCCCAAAGAUAGACCACUUGACUGUGGAAGUACGAUUUUGGAACCAAAAAGCCAAUGUAAUUUACCAAGGAAUGUCAAAUCUCUUUCUAGCCUUCAUUCAGUUGUAGGCAGAGAGCAUUCCUGUAAGACUCCCUCGCAUACAAGUAUUGUACCACCUCUUAAACCAAAUGCCAUCAAAGAUAAAGCAGAACUGCCUCCUUGCAAGGAGGGAAGGGGAACUGAGAAAUUGAAUGGAGAGGAUUUGGCUAAACAUGGAACUGUUGAAAAGUUUGAAAAGUUGUACAUUUCUGAGCUAUCAGGCUCUGGAAAGAAAAACAAAGAACUCCAUGCUACGGAAAAGACUGAGAAACAAGGGCAAACUUCUCUGAGUACAAAACCACAUUCUGAAGUUAAUUGCACAGCUCGACAUACUCCAGAAGAAAGGUCAGACAAAGUCAGACAUCGCCUUGGCUCGGUCUCAUUUUCUGGCACGUUUGUAAAUAGUGCAGGUUCCAAAGAAUCAAAAAGCAACGUUGAAAAGGAGGAAAGACGUAAAGAGAAAGAGGCAAAGAAAAGUGACCACAGAAGCAGGGAGCAGGUAACGGACAAAAAAAAGGAACAGAAAAGUAGUCGGGAAGAGGCCAAGGACAAGCAAAGAGAUGACCGGUUAAGAAGUCGGCCUUCUCAAAAGGAGAGAGAGCCGGAGAGACGGCAUUGUGAAAAAAUAAAGGAUUCAUCAAAAUUGACAAGUCCUGCUAGCCCCUGUAAGAGUUCUCGAUGGAGCACUUGUGUGGCACUGAACCAUUCUUCCUCAAAAGAGAAAAGAGACAAAAAGACUGAGUGUAAGAGUUCGGGAAAGGAAAAGAGCACCGGGGACGGCAGAGACCGAAAAAGUAAAUCGUCAAAUGGGAAAGUACAAGAUGACACCGGCAAGGAGAGUGUCAGGCAGAGUGGCAAACAUGACAACCGAAGCUUAAAAAAAGAUGAAAGGAGAAAGGAAAAGGGCAAGUGCGAGCUCAAAGAAAAUCAGAAGGACCACAGUGUUCACAGACACUCGUUACGGAAUGGAAGGGACCACGUUGACAAGGAGCAUCAAAGUAAAAAAGUCAAAACGAGAGUGACUGAGGGGCAUGAAAGAACAGCGAAAAGACGUUGUACAGGAGAUACAGGCAGGCAGCAGAGCCUAACAGGUGAACAAAGCUCAGUAAGGGACUCUGAUCCCAAAUUGCAUUUUAUGGAAACAUUGCAGCUUACCAUUUCUCCUGUGAAGAAACCACCUGCUGCUCCUGCUGCUCCUGCUGCUCCUGCUGCUCCUGCUGCUCCUGCUCCUGCUGCUCCUGCUGUUCCUGCUGUUCCUGCUCCUGCUGUUCCUGCUGUUCCUGCUGUUCCUGCUGCUCCUGCUGUUCCUGCUGUUCCUGCUGUUCCUGCUGUUCCUGCUGUUCCUGCUGCUCCUGCUGUUCCUGCUCCUGCUGUUCCUGCUCCUGCUGUUCCUGCUCCUGCUGUUCCUGCUCCUGCUGUUCCUGCUCCUGCUGUUCCUGCUCCUCCUGCUCCUCCUGCUCCUCCUGUUCCUGUGGCUCCUGUUGAUGCUUUUCCUGCUGAUGCUGAUGCUGCUCCUGCUGUUGAUGCUCCUGCUCCUGUACCUGCUGCUCCUGCUGCUGCUUGUGAGUUGGAUGUGACUUGCACUCGGGUGCUCGAUGUGGAUGAGGUGGUGGAGCAUGUUGGCGGAAUGGCGCCUGCUUCAGAGAAGAGUGACACGAGUAACGAGGGAAGUUCCAACGAGGCUCAAGCAAAGAGCGAAGAAUCCGAAUCUGAGGUGCAGUUGGCAGAAACUGGGGCUUCUGCUCCACUAGCUAUUCGGGAACCUGCAGAAUGUGAAAUGAUGCCCUGUGCCCUGCUAAAGGGAGAAGAAAUGGAGGAAGACUUUGAAGUAAUAUUAGUGGACGAUUCUGACACAGUCAAAUUAACUCAACUUGUAGUGGAGACUGUGGGAACAGUGGAAGUUAUCAGUGAAGCCAUUUCUGAAGAGGAUGCAAAUUCUGCACCACUAGUGGAAAUUGAUGCUUAUAAGCGUUCUGCAUCUGUGGAAAGUCCAUCGGAAGUUAACAAGAAUGAACUGAACACAACAUCCCAACCGCUUAUAGAAAUUGACUGUACCAUUGAUGGGCAAUGUGUGGAUUUGGAUUGUCCUGUUGAAACUGACAUUGCAACCAGUGGUGAAAAUAUUCCGUCGCUCUCUUGUGCUGGGAUCCCUGAGGUUUCUGGUCGGCCUCUUGUCGCUGGAACACUUAUUGCACAAUUGCCAGCUAUCUCCGAACCAGAUUCCACUGCCCACGAACUGCACCAGACAACUGCCAGUGUGACAGACUCUUUAAAUGUUGCCCCAUCAGUUAAAAGAUCUUGUGUACCCGAAGACCAGGAAGACAACUCCAUUCAGAGCAUUGACUUCACCUACAUUGGGUGCAUCGGUGCCCCGAUUAGUCCUUUAUCCAGUCCGCAACGUCCUGUCAGACCUUCAGCAUUGGAGAAAUCGGGUAUAUCUGCAGAUAGAGAUGUUGACCACAAAGAUUCUAAAGAGAAAAUCCAAGAGAGUUGUUCCUUAAGCAGUUGCACUCUGGAGUUGAAUAAAGAAAAUCGGGAGCCUUUGUGUAAAACAGGAGUUAAAACCUUGGAAAUUUCAGAUGAAAUAGAAGAAGGGGAAAUUUUGAGUGAUGUGGAUGAAUGUGCAUCUCAAGAGCAGAAACCAGCUAGUAAUGUUCAAGAGGUGAAAAAGAGCAACAAUGAAGAGAAGGGUAAUCCUGGUCGAAGCCCAAGUAAAAAGGAAACUGGUCUGACAAAUCCUGAUGAAUCUGCUGUAAAAUCUCACAGUGAAGUAUUAUCCAAAAUUAAAUCCGUUAAAAAACGAGGAAAAUCAAAAGGUGUGUCAUCAAGUCAAGAUUCUGAAGGAUUGAAAAUAUCUUCACUGAGUACUAUAGAAAAAAAGCGAAUUAAAUCCUCGGUUACUGAUUUAAUGGAAGCUCUAAAGGUUGCCCGAAAAGUAAUCCGACAGAAGUACAUGAAACUUCAUAAACAAUUUGAAAUCUGCAGGUUUAAACGGAUUAUUGAGAUUGCCAUUGCAGAAUUCAUCUCCAUAGUUAAACAGUCCAAAUUCCCCAAAUCCAGGAGAGAGCAAAAGAGUUCCAUCUGUUCAAUGAUUGAGGCCAAACUAUCACAGGUUAAAUCUAAUGGGAUUGUAAGCAGUAUUUUCUCACAACAGGCCCCGAAUAUGAAAGAAAAACUGUGGGUGUUUGUGGAAAAGCAGUUUGAUUUUAUGUUUGCCAAGGCACGCGAGACCUUCAUAUCUUGUGAGAAUAUAAGUCUCGAAUUGGCCUUGGAGGAGGAAAGAAAAAAUGAGAAGUUGAUCAAAAGUAAGAAGAGAAAGAUGAUGGUUAAGCACAAAGUUGACAAACUUUCAAAGUUGAAAAGAACCCUGUUCUUGGAGCCACUUUUGGCAAAUAAUGUUUCGAGCAAAAGGAAUUCUAAGAGAAAGAAACUAACUGCAGAUGAGAGCGGACAAAAAGAAACCACACAAUCAAACAAACAUUCAAAGAAUUGUAUUGAGCUUACAGCUGGGGAUGUCUCCAAAGAAAACUCUAAGUCUUCCACUAAAGUCAAAAACCUGGUGUCCUUGAAUCAGAUGAAUUCAAAUGCUUCAAGCGACUCACUGAUAAAUUCCAACUUCACUAAAGAAUCCCAUGAGAAAGCUGAACUUGGCAUUCUAACGGAACAACAGGCCUCUACUCUAACUUUUAACCUGGUAAGCGAUGCUCAGAUGGGUGAGAUAUUCAAGUGUUUGUUGCAGGGGUCCGAUCUGUUGGAGCAAGGGAUUUCAACGCUGGAAUGUAAUUCUUGGCCUGUCCCUGAUAAGAUGAACCAUGAUAGCAACUCGCAUCUGUCUGGUGUUACUUCCACAUCAGAGAAAGUUCCCACAGUGUCCCAGGGCGAUAGUAUAUCUUGGCCUCCCAGCACACCAAAUAAGCACACUGUUGGGUUGAGACCGCCACUCAAUAUAGAUAUUUUGGAUGAAAGUUGCAUGCUAGAAAUCCCUGAUAAGGUGGUCCACAACAAAGACGUUCGGAUGAUCAGCCCACCUGAAGGUUCAAUUAGCCAGAAGCUAAUAGAAACUAGUUCAGCUCUACAAAUGCCUUCCACCGUGUCCUCUAUUCUGAUGGAGGAUCUGGCAGUUUCUCUUACAGUCCCCUCGCCUCUUAAAUCAGAUGGGGAAAUCAGUUUCUUAACAUCACAGAAUGAAUUAUCCUUGCCUGGUGAAGUGAGCGAGGCCAUUUUGACCAGCCAUUACAGUGAAAACGCUGUCCUUGACGAGGAGGAUGCCUUGGAGCAAGAUAUUCACUUGGCUUUGGAUUCGGACAAUUCUAGCAGCAGGUCCAGCAGUUCCUCGAUGUGGAACAAGCAGAUGUCUUCCUUUCAGUAUCAGGGCCACUCCCCGAUGCAGGCUGUUGUAAUGGAAAAAUCAAAUGACCAUUUCAUCGUCAAGAUAAGGUGCAGGGGGGCAUCCAAAGCUGACUCUCCACUACAGAGCUCGCCCUCUGUUCCAGCAGAGCAGACGAAUGCGACAUCCAAGUUGGAACCAAGUGGAGGAUCCGUUAUGGAGACCAUUGAUAAGCAGACAAUAUUACCCGGCAACAAUGUGCAAGAUGUAAUUGAGCAGCAAGAUCGCCUGAUGUCCAAAGCAUUACCUACACAUUCUCGGGUUGUGGAGCAUCCAGCAGGUGGAGGCACAACUCUGGAAGAGUCAGGAAUGGAGGUUGCGAUGCAGACACCUCAGUCGGAGAAAGAUCAACCAUUAACCAAACACUGUACAGUUCAUGAGCCAUCACUUGAAACCCCCAGUGGGAAUAUAAAAGGUGUCGCAUUAUUGACUGCAACAAUCUUGGAACCUGAUCCUAGCUCCAGGACCAAGAAGAGAAAACGUAACGCGAAAGUGGAUUCCACGCAGAAAAGAGCGCGUAAAGAAUCUUUGAAAACCAGCGAGAAAAAAAAUAACCAAACCAAGGCGCAAAGAAAAUCCACUUCAUCAGCAAGGAAAGCUGACAAUGAUGCUACACCGAAGAAAACGACAACCAAUGCUUGCCAGUCCACUGUGGCGUUGGCAACCAGCCUCUCUGCUAAGAAUGUAAUCAAGAAGAAUGGUGAAGUUGUGAUUGCAUGGACAAGGGAAGAUGAUCGAACAAUACUGUUGGAUUGCCGACGGAAAGGGGCAAAUGAAGAAACUUUUAAUUACUUAGCAAGAAAACUGCGAAGAUCUCCACGACAGGUAUCGGAAAGAUUCCUUUGUUUGAUGAAGUUAUUCAAAAGGACAGGAAACAUGAAUAACUGAUAACAUAUGCAUCUGAGACUUGUAUUUGUUUUUCUGAGAUGAUUUGAGUUUUUGUGAAGAUUAAGCACAGGAUUGAUGUUGUGAUGCAGACAUAGAACACAGAGCUUCAUUGCCAUGGGGGUCUGCCCUUUUUGUUUCCAGCAAACAUAUUUCUUAAGCAUCGGUCUUCGUAGAUCACACUUUGAAAUGGCAUGCACACAUGAUGCAAGCAGCCGUUAUUACAAUUAUAAUCUCAUCAGGUAUUGCCACCUGCCUUCCCCAGUCUUCCAAAUUGAAAUGUUUCUACUGGACUGACCAUUGAGAAGUUUGCAACAAGUUCAAUGCAGCAGAAUGCCAUGAUUUGUUUCCUCUCCUUCAGUGAUGUGAUGGAAGUGAAUUGCUUUAAUAAUGUUGACCUUUUUGUACAUUUAGCUACAUUAAUGAGCUAUGACUGCCGAUCUCAGUACAUUCACCAGUGUGCUGUCAGAUUAGUGUGGUUUGUAAAGUAUAACAUCCGUGUGUGUGUGUGUACAUAAAUCUGUUCUUGCGUUUCAUAUUUUUAUGUGAAUAUCUUUGGAAGCAGGUUUGGAACUUUUUGAAAUUGCUUGCAUUCGUACCUGUUUUUAUAGUUGAACAAUGCUGUACAUUUGUUAAUAUUAUAAAUAAACGUUUUUAAAAUUUACAUAAGUUGUCUUAGUACGUUUCAAACUGAAGAUUGAAACCUAACAAAAAUAAAUAAGUCAAUGUGAGAACGUACAAAGCUUUUUAAGUUUGUUCCUGUUGUAUCAUGUCCAGAAUGUUUGUAAUGCUUAAUGACACUGCAAGUAUUCUUGUCCUUUU